ACUAAAUGUCAUUUUUGUUUUGGAAAAUUAUUAAUUACUUGUUGAUAAACGAUAAGUCACAACACUAAAUAUGGAUUUAUCAAAAAUGCCAAACGAUAAAAAACUCUAUUUGUGCCGUUGGUACUUCAGAGCUGGUUUAGCCCUUUUACCAUUCAUUUGGACAGUUAACGCAAUUUGGUUUUUCCAAGAAGCAUUCAGAAAGCCUGAAUAUGAGGAGCAGAAAGAAAUACGCAAAUAUGUUAUUUAUUCGGCAAUAGGAUCGUUAAUUUGGCUUGUGCUUAUUGUGACUUGGGUAACAAUUUUCCAAGUGAACCGAACCAGCUGGGGCGAAUUUGCAGACAACAUUUCAUUUAUAAUACCCCUAGGGUCCCCAUAGAAUAAAUCAAACACACAAGAGUCGAAAUAAAAACCUAGACAAGAGAGUCAUGAAAAUUGCAUGCACGUAAGUUUUGGCUAAAUUGUUCAGUUGUUUUCUCAAACCAUGGCCUUCUGCGUUGUCUCCAUACAUCAAGGAGGCUAUGUUUCAAACUAUUAAAAAAUGUAACUAUUGUCAGGUUAAUAAUAAUUAUUAUUAAGUGUAUGAAUAAUUUAUUUAGAGCAAAUGCGACGUUGACAUUUUUAUAGUUUUGAAACAGCUAAUCACUAUUUUGUCCAAUGUCAUAACUUUGCAACGCACUCUUGACCAGGUUCUUAUUAAGACACUAUUUAUUUCAAUUGUCAACUUUAAUGGAAGUUCCGUAUAUUUUUACGACAUAAAAUUGCAACUAUUAUAUCACAAUAAAAUUUAAUAAUUUAAAUAAAAUUAA